AUGGGAGGAAAUCAGUCAAACCCUACAACAUUCAUCCUUCUGGGGUUUGGCAAUUUCCUUGAAUUAAGAAUUCUCCUGUUUGUAUUGUUCCUUGUCAUCUAUGCUUUGUCUCUUGUUGGGAACCUACUAAUUGUUUUACUGGUUGUGGUUGACCAGCAUCUUCAUACCCCCAUGUAUUUCUUCCUCAUGAACUUGUCUUGCUUAGACAUCUGCUACAUUUCAACCAUCGUGCCAAGGAUGCUAGCCAGUUUCCUCACAGGGGAUAGGUCCAUAUCUGUUACAGGAUGCAUCACACAAUACUACUUCUUUGGUUUCUGUGCAGCCACUGAAUGCUAUCUUCUGGCAAUGAUGUCUUAUGAUCGAUAUUUGGCAAUAUGCAAACCUUUGCAGUACACAUCUGUUAUGAACGGUAGACUCUGCCGCCAGUUAUCAUUCACAUCUUGGAUAAGUGGCCUAGUGAUCAACACUAUUGUAACUUCUCUUAUGCUAAAACUCACAUUCUGUGGACCCAAUGAAGUUGAUCAUUUCUUUUGUGAUGUAUAUCCAGUGGCAAACAUCUCCUGUAGCAAUACUCACCUAGUAAAACUUGCAACUUUUGUUUUAGGACUUAUGGGAGCAGGUCCUCCUUUUUUACUAACUUUAGCUUCCUAUGUCUGCAUUAUUCUUACCGUGUGGCAAAUUAAAUGCAAAGAUGCACAUCAGAAGGCCUUUGCCACCUUCUCUUCCCAUCUGAUUGUUGUGGCACUUUUCUAUGGGUCUUUAUUCCUUGCCUACAUAGUCCCUGAAACAGAAACAAUGAAGAGACAACACAAAAUCUUCUCUCUGUUUUACACUGUCAUGAUUCCCAUGCUCAACCCCCUCAUAUAUACUUUGAGAAAUAGAGAGGUAAAGGAAACUCUGUUCAAUUCUUUUAGAAAAUUAAGCAACAGAGUUUCAUAG